AUGCUACCGUUCGUGCUGGGGCGCCAAAUCACACCAAGCUACCUUCAAGCUACUAGAUUAUUCAAUUGCUCUGCCAUAAGUGCGAAGAAGGUCAAAAAAGGUGGUAAAGGCAAGACAGCCGAGGUUGAGGAAGACGUGGAAGUUGUUGACGUGAAGCAGUACGUCAAACAGGCGACCGAUGAGUUCAAUAGCAUUCUGGAACUGCACAAGAGAAAACUGGGCGAGCUCAAAGUGGGUACCGCAAAUCCUAGCAUUUUCAACGCAUUGAAAGUUGGAAAGAACAAUGCCAAGUUCACAGACGUCGCUACCACAUCUCUGAAGGGCCGUAAUAACCUCAUUGUGACAGUUUUCGAUCCCAAAGACACUAAGUCUGUCGUGAGCAGUAUUCUUGGGGCUGGACUGAAUCUAAAUCCGGAGCGCAUUCCUGACAACGAGCAGCAAUUGAAAGUCGCAUUGCCACCUCCCACCACCGAGUCGCGCAAACAAACUUGUAAGCAACUCAAGGCAGUGUUUGAGGAAUUCAAGAAUUCGUCAUCCAAACAGUCUUUGGGCCACGUUCGUGGUGAAAUUCUCAAACAGUUGAAAAAACUAGAUAAGAAAAACGACUCUGUCACCAAGAUCAUCCAGGAGAUCGAAAGAUUACACAAGGAUAGUACUAAUAAGCUGCAAGAACAGCUGAAGCAAGCGGAAAAAAACGUUUUGGGCUAA